AUGUGCGAGACCAGCAACACCAACGGCGCCGCCAAUGGCACAAACGGUGCUUCCAAUGGGACAGCUAACAUUGGUGGGGAUCAUCAGGGUGCCAACUUCCGCUCCAACCCCUACCAGCCAGUAGGCGAUUUCCUCUCCAACGUCGGCCGCUUCAAGAUCAUCGAGUCGACUCUCCGCGAGGGUGAACAAUUCGCCAAUGCCUACUUCGACACCGAGACCAAGAUCAAGAUUGCCAAGGCUCUCGAUGACUUCGGUGUUGACUACAUCGAGCUGACCUCCCCCGCUGCUUCCGAGCAAUCUCGCAGGGAUUGCGAGGCCAUCUGCAAGCUCGGCCUCAAGGCCAAGAUUCUUACCCACGUUCGCUGCGACAUGCGCGAUGCUAAGAUCGCUGUUGAGACCGGUGUUGACGGCCUGGACGUCGUCAUUGGCACCUCCAGCUUCCUCCGCGAGCACAGCCACGGCAAGGAUAUGGCCUACAUUGAGAAGACUGCCAUUGAGGUGAUCGAGUACAUCAAGUCCAAGGGCCUCGAGGUUCGCUUCUCCAGCGAGGACUCUUUCCGUUCUGAUCUCGUCGACCUCCUCUCCCUCUACCGCGCCGUCGACAAGGUCGGUGUCCACCGUGUCGGUAUCGCCGAUACCGUCGGUUGCGCUUCCCCCAGGCAGGUCUACGACCUUGUCCGCACCCUCAGAGGCGUCGUGUCCUGCGACAUCGAGACCCACUUCCACGACGAUACCGGCUGCAGUAUCGCCAACGCCUACUGUGCUCUCGAGGCCGGUGCUACCCACAUUGAUACCAGUGUUCUCGGCAUUGGUGAGCGCAAUGGUAUCACCCCUCUUGGUGGCCUGAUGGCUCGCAUGGUCGUCACCAGCCCUGAGUAUGUCAAGGGCAAGUACAAGCUCCACAAGCUCAAGGAGCUCGAGGAUCUCGUCGCCGAGGCCGUCGAGAUCAACACUCCCUUCAACAACCCCAUCACCGGUUUCUGCGCCUUUACCCACAAGGCCGGUAUCCACGCCAAGGCCAUCCUCAACAACCCCAGCACCUACGAGAUUCUCAACCCUGCUGAUUUCGGUCUGACCCGCUACGUCCACUUUGCCUCUCGUCUCACUGGCUGGAACGCCGUCAAGACGAGAGUUGGCCAGCUCGGUCUGGAGAUGACCGAUGAUCAGGUCAAGGAGGUGACGGCCAAGAUCAAGGCGUUGGCUGAUGUCAGGCCAAUCGCCAUCGACGAUGCCGACUCCAUCAUCCGCAGCUUCCACCUCAACCUUCAUGAGGGGCCAAUUGAGACUCAGUCCAACGGCAAGGCGAUUCACGUUGAAGUAAGAGGUGACGAGACUACCGAGCUUGCGACUGGUGCGUAA